AUGGCGUCGGUCUCAGAACAACCUCCUAGCACGGACUUGAUCACCUUGAGCAGACAUGUGAUGGACGACCAGCUGCGGCUGGGAGCAGCUGCCACGGGAGAUCUCACCCUCUUGCUCAUCGCUAUCCAGGUGACUAGCAAGUUCAUCGCGACCAAUGUGCGAAAAGCCCGGCUCAUCAACCUUGUCGGCCUUGCUGGCGAGACCAACGUCCAAGGCGAGGAGCAGAAAAAGCUCGAUGUUCUGGCUAACGACAUCAUGGUCAACGCCCUGCGGGCGUCUGGAAAGACCGCAGUCUUGGUCUCGGAGGAGCUUGACAAUGCUAUCAUCAUUGAGGAGAAGAACAGGGGAAAGUACUGUGUAGUCUUUGACCCACUUGACGGCAGUAGCAACAUCGAUGCUGGUGUCAACAUCGGGACUAUCUUCGGCAUUUACCCUGUGAGACCGGACUCUGAUGGAACUAUUGGAGAUGUACUCAGACCAGGGAGUGAGAUGGUUGCUGCAGGAUACACCAUGUAUGGUUCCUCGGCGAACUUGGUUCUCUCCACUGGGUCUGGUGUCAACGGGUACACCCUGGACGCCGCUCUAGGAGAGUUUAUCCUCACUCACCCUGAUAUAAAAAUACCUUCUCGUGGUAAAAUAUACUCCUUCAACGAAGGGAACUCGAUGUAUUUUUAUCCUCCUGUGACCAACUACCUGAACUCGAUCAAGUAUCCGAAGACUGGUUCUCCUUACUCCGCUCGGUACAUUGGGUCCAUGGUCGCAGAUGUGCAUAGGACGCUGCUAUAUGGAGGAAUUUUCGGAUACCCUGACGAUAAGAAGAGCAAAUCUGGAAAGUUGCGAUUACUAUACGAGGCAUUCCCCAUGGCCUUUUUGACCGAGCAAGCCGGUGGAGUCGCGACUACGGGCACCAUGCGUAUCCUCGACAUUAUGCCAACGAGCAUACAUGAGCGGUGCUCUGUGUUCCUCGGAAGUCGGGACGAUGUGCAGGAUCUUACGAAAUUCUAUGCCAGUGAGAAAGCCUGA